AGUGGGAGGAAAGUCCCUUACAUUGGUGGUCAUUAGGAAGAAUGUCCUUUACAUUGGAGGUCAGUGGAAAGAAUGUUCCUUACAUUGGGGGUCAGUGGGAGGAAUGCUCCUUACAUUGGUGAUCAGUGGGAGGAUUGACCCUUACAUUGGUGGUUAUUGAUAAGAAUGCCUCUUACAUUGGUGGUCAGUGGGAAGAAUGUCUCUUACAUUGGUGGUCAGUGGGAAGAAUGUCUCUUACAUUGGUGGUUGGUGGCAAGAAUGCCUCUUACAUCAUUGGUGGUCAGUGGGAAGAAUGUCCCUUACAUUGGUGGUCAGUAGGAAGAAUGCUCCUUACAUUGGAAGUCAGUGGAAAGAAUGUUCCUCACAUUGGUGGUCAGUGGGAAGAAUACCCCUUACAUUGGUGGUCAGUGGGAAGAAUGCUUCCUACAUUGGU